CUACACCUCUCUCGCUCUCACCUGCAAGCCGUUUACUCGAUCUUACGCGUCUAUCCUUGAGAGCCGCAGUCGCCAAGCAAGCUACACAAGCAUCGCAUCGUCUCUAGCAGUCGUCGCAUCAUAUAUACACACGUCUCACUCAAGUGCUUAUAGAUAGUCAACGCGUCGACUCGUCACGGACACAUUUUGUCACAUACACGCACGUCGCACACAAUGAAGAUCAGCCUCGUCGUUCUCGUGCUACUAGCGGGCUGUGUCCUUCAUGUUAGCGGUCAAGGAUUCUUCAACAGAUUCAAAACAACGACAACGCCCAAGCCGAAACCAACUCGCAAGCCGGCGACUCUGCCAAAACCGGCCGUUCCACAGAGCGACUUCUUCUCGAUCUCUGAGAAUGCCGACAGGAUCAAAGAGUUCGUUCAGACGAUAAAGACAACGACGGAUCUGUUCACGAUCGACGCACAUCCAGAGAACGACGAGGACGUAGACAUACUGUUCCUACUCGACCGGUCGUUCAGCGUCACCAGAGACGGAUUUGAGAGCGCCAAGUGCGCCAUCAUUCAAUGGGUGCAGCUGCUGGACAACGACUUGAAUAUCCGUGCGCGCGUCACCAUCAUGAGUUACGGACGAAUCGUGACACUCGACUCACCGGACUUCUUCGAAACAUACAGGAAUGUAACGCAGCUCACCACGGCCAUCGAAAAACUCCGAUACUACAAAUGGACGACCAACGAUCUGUGCCCGACGCGCGAAACUCCGCGCGGACCCAUCCCGUAUGACGGCUGCGCCACCUGCACCAACCUCGCGCUAGAUGUCGCUCACUGGCUUCUGGUAGGCAGCGGCAAGUCUCGCCCCGCUGCAACCAAGGGCGUACUGUUGCUGACGGACGGACAGUCGAACUGCCCCGACAGCGCUGCAUCCAUAGCGGCGGCCGAACCGCUGAAGCAAGCAGGUGUAACAUUAUUCGUGCAUGGAAUUGGGUCGAUGGUAGACAGGGAUGAGGUUCUCGCCAUCGCGUCUCCGGGCAACGUUAACUUCAACUCCGACUACACAGCAACCUGUGAUGCCGCCACUCUAGCCAAGGAGAGAUCUGCCAUAUAAACCACAACAGCAACAACAACAACAAUAACAACAGAAAACUAACAACAAUAACAACAGGAAACUAACAACAAUAACAACAGAAAACUAACAACAAUAACAACAACAGCGAAACAGAAGCAACAACAACAACAACAACAACAACAUUGUCAUCAACAACAACAACAACAACAAGAAGUACUACUACUACCAUUAUAAUUUCAAAGAUAUGUUCAGAAUUACAUUUACCUCACAUCUAUAUAAAUUUCAAUGUACGAACAUUGGCUACAACAGUGUAAAACUGUAACAUUUUACGCGAUUUGCAUAUGUACGUAUAGGGGCAGAUAUACAAAUUUGUGCAUACUCCUGGACCAUGUAAAGUGAGUCAUACAGCUGCACAUUAAAGGUUUAAUGACGCUUUGGUGUGGUGUGAUAAAGUUUUAUAUUUUAUUGGUUAAAUUUUGUCUUUCAAUUAAAAUAGAGGGUUUAGUUAGACGUUUUUAAUAUUUAACGGAGAAAAGUACAUAGGACCUUGUCAUAGUAAAUAUGUAUAAUAAACAAAAGUCAAGUAAACAAACA